AUGUCUACGCCGAAGGUCAUCACGACGAGCUCGGUGCUCCCGGCCUCCUCGCCGCAGAAAUCCUGGUCUCACCACCUUACCAUUGAUACCCUCUACCGCGUCCUCCAACGAACCCUCCUCUCCCCCUUCAUCGCCUGGAUCGUCGUCCUUUGUCUCCGCGCCCAGGUUACACCACCCACGGCGCCGGCCUUUGUAGGCGCGGUCGCAUACGCGGUCUUCCUAUCUGCGCUCUUCGUUGCGCAGACCAUCAAUCACCGUGUUGCGCAUGGUCUUCCGCGGACGGUGGAUUCGGAUCAAGAGGUUGUGCUUAUCACGGGCGGGGCUAGUGGGUUGGGGCUGUUGAUUGCGCAGAGUUAUGCGAUGAAGGGGGGUGCGGUGGCUGUUUUGGAUAUUCGGGAGUUUGGUGGGAUUGAUGAACAGGAAGGUGUUUUGGGUGAAGGGGUUUGUUAUUAUCGGUGCGAUGUUGGGGUGAGGAAGGAGGUGGAGGAUGUUAAGAAGAGAGUUGAGAAGGAGUUGGGUACCCCGACUAUUGUUAUCAAUUGCGCUGCGGCAAGAAUCAACGGUGCUGCGCUCUUGGAUCUGCCCGUGGAUGCGUUUGAGAAGACGAUGCGCACCAACCUUAUGGCCGCAUUUCAUCUGUAUCAAGUUUUUCUGCCGGGGAUCAUAGCCGAGGCCGAGAAUGGAGGGACCAUUGUGACCAUCAGCUCGGUGCUAGGCCAGUUGUCUCCAGCAGGCUUGACCGAUUACUCGGCAAGCAAGGCUGGCCUCAGCGCGCUGCACCGAACUAUGGAAUCAGAGCUCCGUGAGCAUGAGCAAAUAAAAAUGUUACUGGUAGAGACGGGGCAGAUGGCCACGCCGUUAUUUGACUGGGUCCGGACACCAAGCCACUUUUUUGCUCCAGUCCUGCAGCCCGUGGAAGUGGCUCGUAAAAUUGUUGCUGCGAUCGACAGCGGGCAUGGUGGGGUGCUUAGAUUGCCAGCCUUUGCAAAACUGGUGAAUCUUUACGCCAUCUUGCCAGGUGCCAUACAGCAGGUGGCUCGUUAUGUGAGCGGUAUUGACAGUGCUGUGGCAUCGGGGAAUCGUAAUGACCAUAGAGUGGCGAAGAAGCGUCGAGUGGAUUGA